CAGGGUGGACCAGGCUCCCUCCGCCUGCAAGCACGUCCUGCUGCCUGGAGGGGAGAAGGCACCCCGGGCUGUUCUUACGACCCUCUGAGGGAUGUUUUCUCGAUGACAUAGUGCUGCAGUGACUUUGUUCUCUUCCCGGGGACUUGUCUCUAAUUUAUAUCAGGAUGGGUUUCUAUAAACAGUCUCUAUUGUCAUAGAAAUAUGACGACUGGACCCUCUCGAGGUAAAGAUUAGGAUCAAAAUCACCAAACGCUUCCGUGGCGGCUUGCAGCGAGGAUCUAUGAGACAAGGUAACUCGGGAAAACACUGCAGAUUUGGAGCUAAAUCUACAACCUUCUAGGAAAAAAACCCCAAAACCAUUAAAUGUGCAAGUUUGAACUGGAGCUGUGUUUGUUUGGGAAGACUAUGGAUAGGUACCAGAGUUGGCAGCAGAACUGUUUGAAUGCCAUCCUCCUUGUGCUGCUGUGGAGCAGCAUUUCCCAUGCCCAGAGGGACUGCACGGGCGCAGAGUGCCAGCCGCUGGACAACUGCAUCGAGGACGUGCUGGAGCCCGGCGAGUGCUGUGCCACGUGCCUGCAGCACGGCUGCACGUGUGAAGGCUACCAGUACUAUGACUGCGUCAACGUGGGCUUCAUCAAUGGCAAGGUGCCCGAGGGGCAGUCUUACUUUGUGGACUUUGGAAGCACUGAGUGCUCGUGCCCCAAGGGAGGAGGCAAGAUCAGCUGCCAGUUCAUGCUGUGCCCAGAGCUGCCCCCCAACUGCAUCGAUGCGGUGGUGCCAGCAGACGGGUGUCCUCAGUGUGGGAGAAUAGGCUGCCUCCACGAGGGCCAGAAGUAUGUAGCGGGGCACACCUUCCACAUGCCCCCCUGCAAGGUUUGCCAUUGCCCGAAUGCUGGUGGUGAGCUGAUGUGCUACCAGCUUCCAGACUGUAACACAUUCGCCCUGAACACUGCAAGUCCAAUAGAUGCUGAAGAUAGCGAGCCUGAGAGGCACUAUGACGAUCCAUACAGCUAUGACCAGGAGGCACCAGAAGGAGACAACACCCAGGUGGAGUCUCCAAAAAAAUACAGGAGUUACUCGUCCCACCUAGAGCAAGAGAGCAUCAGCCAGGAGCAGAGCGAGGAUUAUGACUACCUACCAGCCAGCAUCGCUCCUUCAGCUUUGGCUCCGGCCGACCUGGACACGGAGGAACCGGCUCCUCUGCUCACCACGCCAGUGCCCAGGGCCCCCUCUGAAGUUCGCAGUGCCACAGAGAGAAACAAGCGAAAGAGGGUGCCGCGCACCACUGCAGCAUCCCUCCAGCAAGUGACACAUAAGGAAGCACCACUGACCACAAGUGCUCCUCCAGAGCACACAAGAGCCACCACUGAGACACCCAAGCACCCAGAGGAAUUGGAGAGGAGACCAAAGGGGAAGCAAGGAGACAAAGAGAAGCAAGAUCAAGAACGAGCCCCUCACUCUAAAAUGAAAAAGCAUGCCAGAAAAGACGACCCAGGGAACAGCAUGUAUCUAGGCUUGAAAGAGGUGAAUUUGACAGAGCUGAGCGCAUCAAAAUCUUCCCAUGAAACACAGGAGGGAAAUGCUUUCCCCAAGGUAAAGUUCAGUGCUACAACUUCUCCUCCUGUUGCUCUAAAGGAAGACUGUAGUCAGUCAUCCCAAAAGCAGUCCCAGACGCUUUAUCGUUACCAUCCCGAGGAAGAUGGAGAUCCCAACUCUAUUCACGCUAACCCCAGGUUACCAGAAGGUUCCACAAAGGAAUUGAUUGAGAGCUGCUGUGGAGCUGGCCAGCAGUGGGCUAUAGACAAUGGGGAGUGCACAGAAAUCCCUGUCAGUGGAAUGGAUGGUGACAUUUGCAGGAUUGCUCAGAAGCAGUGCUGCGUCUCCACUGUGAAGGAGAACAGCUGCCUGGCUGGCAUGAUCGCUGCGAAGGAAGGAGACAUGUGUGGGCCAGAGGAAGGGGAUCCCUGUGGAGGAUCAGCAUACAAGCAAUGCUGUGACUGCUGUAAUCUGGGCCUGCGACUGAGGAGUGAGGGGAAAUCCUGUGAGUCCAGCAUCAAUCUGGGCUACCCCUGCAGCCAUGUGAUGCUGUCCUGCUGUGAAGGGGGAGACCACUUCAUCCAUCCAGAAAUAAAAAGGCAACCUGAACCUCUGCCGACAGUGACACCAGAGAAGGUUUCAGAGACAGAAGAUCACAAUGAAGCUUUGUCUAUCAAUAAUGAAGCUGAGUUGUCAAAUAACCUGCCUGGAGAUGACCUGGAUGAAUGUCUUAUCUAUGGUGGAGAGCUCUGUCAGCAUUUGUGUAUAAACACUGUGGGGUCCUACAAGUGCUCGUGUUUUCCAGAAUUCACUUUGCAAGAGGAUGGGACCAGCUGCUCUCCAGAUCCUGACAGAGGACAGGUGACAAGGCUGGAAGCAGAAGCCACCAUCCCUCCGGUAGCCUCUCCUUCUCAGCCUCUUCGCAUUGUGUCCUUAGAAGAAGAGCAGGAUAAGUGUAAAGAUAACGGUCCCUGCAAACACAUCUGCAAUGUUGUGGAAGGAAAUGUUGUGUGCUCUUGUUUGUCUGGAUAUACAAUCAUGGCUGAUGGGAUUUCUUGUGAAGACAUUAACGAAUGCGUGACAGACACGCACACCUGCCAGCGGAGAGAGCACUGCCUCAACACAGUGGGAUCAUUCAAAUGUCUCCAGGAACUGAGCUGUCAGCCAGGUUAUGAACUGAAAGAUGGAGAAUGUGUUGAUAUUGAUGAGUGCGAGAGGGGAACUCACAGUUGUAAGGUAAACUUCGUUUGUCAGAAUACAGAAGGAUCAUUCUACUGUGAGUCAAAGCAGCGCUGCAUGGAUGGAUUUUUACAAGACCCUGAGGGAAACUGCGUUGAUAUUAAUGAAUGCACAUCUCUCCCUGAGCCAUGUAAACCAGGAUUCAACUGCAUCAAUACCGUUGGGUCUUACACCUGCCAAAGGAACAUGCUGACAUGCAGCAGAGGCUACCACUCCAACGAGGAUGGAACGCGAUGCGUCGAUGUGGAUGAAUGUCAAACUGGUGUGCACCGUUGUGGCGAAGGGCAGGUUUGUCAUAACCUGCCUGGGGCUUACCGCUGUGACUGCAAAAUGGGGUAUCAGUACGAUGCCUUCAGCAGGAGCUGCAUUGAUAUAAAUGAGUGCUGGAACUACCCUGGACGCCUGUGUCAGCACACGUGUGAGAACACCCCUGGGUCCUACCAUUGCACUUGUUCUUCUGGUUUCCACUUGUCCUAUGAUGGGAAGCACUGCGAAGAUGUGAAUGAAUGUGAUACUAGUCCCUGCAGCCAGGAGUGUGCCAAUGUUUAUGGUUCCUAUCAGUGUUACUGCAGGCAAGGUUUCCAGCUAGCAGAAGAUGGGCAUUCUUGUAAAGAUAUUGAUGAGUGCACACAGAGUGCAGGCAUUCUUUGUACUUUCCGCUGCGUGAAUGUUCCUGGUAGUUAUCAGUGUGCUUGUCCUGAGCAGGGAUAUACCAUGGCAGCCAAUGGAAGAACCUGUCGAGAUAUCGAUGAAUGUGCAAUAGGAACCCACAACUGCUCAGCUGCAGAGACUUGCUAUAACAUCCAGGGCAGCUUCCGCUGCCUGUCCUUCGAGUGCCCUUCCAACUACAGAAAAGUGUCUGACAUGAGGUGUGAACGAAUCAGUUGUUUUAACUAUCUGGACUGCCAGAACACCCCAGUGCGCAUCACCUACUACCAGCUGAACUUCCAAACCAACAUCGUGGUCCCAGCUCACAUUUUCCGUAUUGGACCAUCGCCUGCCUAUGCUGGAGACAACAUAAUCCUUACUAUUAUUAAGGGAAAUGAAGAAAACUACUUCAGCACUCGAAGGCUGAACUCGUACACGGGCAUCGUCUAUCUUCAGCGGCAAGUGAAAGAGCCUAAAGACUUUUUGCUGGAUGUGGAAAUGAAACUGUGGCGUCAGGGAACAUACACCACUUUUCUUGCCAAAAUUUACAUUUUCAUCACAGCUCAUGCGUACUGAAGCAUGUAUUGACAUUGGAUUUUAUUGGUGCUAUGCUCUUUAGCUGUUCUACCAAAGCUUAAUCCUGUUGAACUGGCAUUUCAUGUAUUUAGCCUUUAUAUUAUUUUUCUAUCAUUGCUUUAAACUUUUUUAUUGGUUUUGUAAAUUAAGUUAAUUUUUAUCUUUUGUGUUUUGUUUUCUUAAGCAGUUCUUUACAUCAUCGUUUGACAAGGAACGAAGGAAGGGUUACAGAGGCAGCACGUACAUUGUGUUAAAUGCUGGAACCUUUUCUUAGCAAUGAUUUUUAUGUUUAGUCACAUCUGCAGGGUAUUGCACUAGAGAGGAAAGAUGUUCACAUGGGAGUAUUGGGUUUUGCCACUAAGGGAAAAAACCUUGAGCAAUUUCUCUUUAUGACACCAGCUUAUGGCUUGGCUUAGCCAUGGGCUUCACUGAGGUUUCUCUGUGUUGGGAUGCUGUCGGCAGCCAUACGUGUACACUGAUGGUUGGCUCAUCUCAUAUUACCAGUUUAUUUUCCUCCUUCCAACUUUCAUACUAUGUUGGCUAAAAUAUAUAUAAAUAAAGGAAAACUCCACCAGUGAAAAAGCCUAUGAAUGAGUCUUGCUUUGGUGGGACUACUCAUAUGCUAAAUAUUUGCAAGACUUAAAAGAAUGUCUGCUUUAGGGUGGAAGCUCACAUUGCCAUUUUUUGUAGUUGUCUUUACAGAGGCUGGGAUUGUCUUGUUCUAUUUGGGUACCCGUAAGUGCUUUAUCAUUCUCAAAGGGAUGUCCAAGAGGAAACAUGGAAAUGAUGAAAGAAUCUGUUGCUGCUCCUUAUUUUAAAGAUUGGGGGUGUGCCACUGAGGAAUCACUUGUGAUUUCAAAUAAACAGAAAGGAGAGUUACUUCUCUUCUUCAGCAAAAUCA